CUGCUUCAUAGCUGUUACAAAGGUACUCAUUCCAGUUGCGACGACACAGCAGUAGCCUUGGUACAGGAUGAUAAGAAAGUGCUAUUUUCGAGAAGAUUUGCUGACAGAGAUACACAGCGAAGAUUGGGCGGUAUCUCCCCACGUGAAGUAGCCUUGCAGCACAAGAAGCACCUACCUCGCUUGCUUGACGAGUGCUUUGGAGAAACGGGUCUAAAGGUGUCCGAUGUUGAUGCUAUAGCAGUCACCACUAAACCAGGUCUCGUGAUUGCCCUCAAAGAGGGAAUACGGAAAGGUCUUGAACUAUCCAGGCUUUACAAGAAGGAUUUUAUUUCCGUACACCAUAUGCGAGCUCAUGCAUUGUCUGCAUUUUUGGUUUGCGAUUCCCUCUCAUUUCCUUUCGUCGCUGUUUUGAUCUCUGGCGGUCACGCUCUGCUUGUCUUGGUUCGUACGGCAGACGAUUUUACUAUAUUCGGUAAACCAAGUUUCGUUGCAUUCCGUUGA